AUGGAAUUCCUCGGAACCACCCAGACGGCCAGCUACUGCGGCCCCAGGAAAAGCUGCCUGCUUCCAGAGGUGGCGCCGACCAGCAUCAGCCAGGACAGCUACCGGUCUUAUUACCUUCCCGGCUACCGCUACCUCAGCUCCUGGAGACCUAGCUUGUUCUACAAGGUGUCUUCCUUCCGCCCCAACGAUGACGGGCAGGGGGGUGGGCGCCUCUGUGCCCCGCUGCGGCCCCCCACCAUACUGCCCUCCAUGCGGAGCUCCCUGUACGCCCGCUACAGCCCCCAGGACUGGUUCAAUGCCAACCGGAUCCAGUUCAGAGGGUCGGAGGCGUACCGCCACUGGGCCAGCCGGCUGAACGCCGACUCCCUGCACCUGAUGCAGGAUAAGGAGCAGCUGACCCGCCAGCAGCAGGAGAGCUCCGGGAAGAACCUGGGCCAGAGGCUGGCCGACAUCGACUUCUGGCGGUCUGAGCUGAUGUAUGAGCUGGAGCGGCUCUUGACCGACACCCGCACUCUGGACACGGCCAAGCGACGCCUGGAGUGCGCGGCGGAUGAAGCGCAGAGCCCGCUGCAGGUGGCUUUGGAAUGCUUAUACAACAGAGAGAAACGCAUGGGCAUCGACCUGGUCCAUGAUGACGUGGAAAAGAAUCUCAUCCAGGAAGUUGAUUUGAUCAAAUCGUGCCAAGAGAAAAUGAGAAAACUUGCAGAGAGAAUUGAUCAACAGCUCAACAUUAACCGAGAUGCUCAGCAUGCCCUCGAGAGGGAUCUCAAAGACAAAAGUUCUGCCCAUUUCAUUGAUGAGAAGUGCUAUAACCUGAGGAACACAUCUGACAGCAUUAACUACUACCACGGAGUGGAAAAAAUUGACGGAACUGUCUCGGUCCCCGAAACAUGGGCGAAGUUCAGCGAUGACAACAUCCGUUAUUCCCAGAACGCGCGGUCCAACACGGCCAUCCUCUGCAAGGAGGCGGACAACACGCUGGAAAGCACCUCUGAGGAUUUGUGGAGGCAGUACACGGACACCAACCUGGCUUUCAACGGGCGCACCUCGGAGGUGGCCGAGGCCAAGAACAAGCUGCAGGCCCAGCUGGCCAAGACCCUCCAAGAAAUAUUUCAGACAGAAAAUACUAUCAUGUUGUUGGAAAGAGCUAUACUGGCCAAGGAGUGCCCGCUCAAAGUGGCCCAAACCCGCCUGGAAGCGAGAACGUGGCGGCCCAAUAUGGAGCUUUGCCGAGACGUCCCCCAGUUCAAGCUGGCGAACGAAGUGUUCACCAUCGACGACACCCUGCAGACCCUGAAGCUGCGUCUGCGGGAGGCCCAGGACACACUCCAGCUGCUCAUCCUCAACAAGGCCCGGCUGGAGCACGAUCUCUUGGUGAAGGCAAACUCCCUCUUCAUCGACAAGGAGAAGUGCAUGGGGAUGCGCAAGACCUUCCCUAGCACCCCCCGCCUGGUGGGCUACACCUGAAGGCCCCUCCGC